AUGGAAGACAGCUCUGAUAAACAGCCUAUUGUGGUCGAUGAUAAGGAAAAGGUCGUUGAAGAUGAAUCUCAUAUGAGUAGUCCUGAUACUACUAUAGACAACAACAACAAAGAUGAAUCACCUGAACCUCAAGAUACGAUUGAUUCACAAAUACAAGAGAACGAACGACCAAAGCCAAAGAAAAGACUUACAUUACAGGAAAGAUUGGCUCAAGCAGCAAAGGGUAAAAAGAAACAAGGAUCAGAGACAUCAGUUUCUCCGGUUUUGUCCCGAACAACCAGUAUUGAAGAGGUCAAACCUAGUGCUAUCAUGCAACAGGAGCUUGAUCGAUUGAAGCUAGAAAAUGCUACUCUAACAGAGAAGUUAAAAAACAGAUCCAAUUUUGAUAAGGAGAAGAACGAUUUGUUAGCUAAAAUAGCUACCAAAGAUGAAACCAUUCAACAACUUCUUAAAGAAGGUGAAGCCUUAUCAUUGAGAGAACUCAAACUCAAUGAAACAAUCAAGAAACUCAAGUCAGCAAAUCAAGAUUUGGAAUCAAAUCUUCAGGAUUAUAGCAUUAAAAGUGAGGAAUCAACGUUGAAAUUAGAGGAGUUUAAUGAUUUUUUAAAGAGUCAUAAAUUCAAAACCACCGAACAGCUUAUGCGCAAGUAUCAAGAGUUGAAUAACGAAUUAUCAAAAGCAAAAUCUGAAUUGGGAGAUGCUGGAGAUUGGGAAAAGAGAUAUAAUGAAUUAUUAAAGAACUAUGAAGAAGAGACCGAUACAAGAAAGAAUGCAUUAAAAGAAGCCAAUGAUCUCAAAAUCGAGUUGAACAUGCUUAAAAGACAGCACAAUUUAGAGUUAGAAGGAAGAAAUGCUUCAAUUAAGGAUUUGAAAAUGGAGAUGUCCAAUUCUAAGCAAAGGUACACACAAGAAAUAUCGCGUCUUGAAGAGAAGAUUGAAAAUUUAAGAUUAGAGAAUGAAUCCAAUGAAGCCAUGUCUGAUUCAACUAGAGAUGAAGGAAAAAUUGAUUUCAAUGAAUUCAACAAAUUAUCUGAAACACAUCAUAACCUUCAAAAACAGUAUCUAUCUGCUCAAGAAAACUGGAAAACCAUUGAGUCAAGCUUGCUACUUAAGAUUGAUAAUUUGUCGUCUUCUACUGACUCAUUGAAAAAAUCGAAAAACAAAUUAUCACAAGAUUUGGCAAGAUUAAAUAAUUCAUUACAAGUACAAUCUGUAGAGCUAAAGAAUGCUCUCGCUGAAAUCGAUUCAUUGAAGGAAGAGAAAAACCAACUUCAACUUGCGGUUGACUUGAAAGAUAACGACAACGUUGAGUUGAAUGAGAAGUUGGAAAAAAUUCAGUCUGUAUACAACCAAGAAAGAGCAAACUUGAAUGCCAAAAUUCAAAACUUGACUGAAAAAUUAAAGGAAGAAAAGAAACCAGAAAGAUUGAAUCUUAAUCGAGACUAUUCUGUUAGUUCCGGGUUGAGUUGGGAUAACGAUAUAAGACUUGGAGAAUCAUCCACUACCCCGGCUAUCAAUAGAGAUUUCUCCACUUUCCUUGAUAGAAACAUCUCCCAAAAUUCAUUUACUGAGAUUGGUGAUGAUAGUUAUGAUCGUGAACAGUAUUCUUUCCAUAGUCAAAUAGGCGGUGGGAGUAUCGGCGGUGCAAAUAUCCCAACUUCGUCACAUAGCAAUAACAUCCAACUAGUCAAUAAAAUGAGUUCGAACAUUCGAAGGCUAGAAAUUGAGUUGAAUACAUUAAAAGAAGAAUACAACAAAGUUUCCGAAGCUAAAGAGGAAGUGGAACAGGAAUUAUUAGAAAGUAUCAAAUUAAACGAUGAAGUAAAAGGAUUACAAGAAGAGAUCAAACAUUUGCAACAAGUUAUCAACAGUAAUGAAAACAAAGAACAAACAAUGUUAGAACUUAUUGGAGAAAAAUCUGAACAGGUUGAAGAAUUAAAAGCAGAUAUAGUUGACUUGAAAGAAUUAUUGAAACUUCAAGUGCAACAAUUGGUAGAGCAAAGUCGUGUAUAG